AUGUGUAUGAAGGGUCUGAUCCUGACGCACAUGGGCCGACGUGAAGAGGGCAUCGAUCUCGUCAAAAAGGGCGUCCGGCUCGACCUCACCUCCCAUAUCUGUUGGCACGUCUUUGGGCUCAUCCAGAAGGGCGAGAAGAACUAUGAGGAGGCUCUCAAGUCGUACACUCAGGCUCUGAGGUUUGACAAGGAUAACCUCAACAUUCUCCGCGACGCAGCCCAUCUCCAAACCCAGCUCAGACUAUACGAAAACCUCGUAGAGACUCGAUGGACCCUGUUGCGAUUGCGCCCCAACCUCCGCCAGAAUUGGGUCGCUCUCUCCGUUGCCCAUUACCUCAACGGAAAUCACGCUGAGGCAAGGAAGGUCCUGGAGCAUUACGAAAAGACGCUCAAGAACGUUCCCGAUAAAGAUGUCGAACACUCCGAAACCUUACUUUACUACGUGCGGCUUUUGGAGGAGUCGGGAGAUCUAGAGGAGGCUCUUCGUGUGCUCGACACUAACUCGAAGGCACGAGCAAUUGUCGACAAGACUGCGGUUUUCGAGGCACGGGCACGAUUGCUCACCGAGCUCAAAUCCGACGAGGCAAAGGACGCAUGGACCCACCUUCUGGAGCGCAAUCCCGAGUGCUACGACUACUACCGCGGAUACCUGAACUACCUUGGACUCAGCCUCGACGGAAACAGCCAGGAAACCCUCGACAGGCUUGAGCAAUUCAUCGAGCAAUUUCCCCGCGCUACAGCUCCCAAACGACUCGCUCUGUCCGUGUCUACCGGCGAUAAGUUUGCUGAACUCGUCGAACCCUACCUCGUGCGCGGCUUGGAACGUGGUAUUCCCUCUCUCUUCGCCGACCUCAAGUCGCUCUACAAGGACGCAAGCAAGAAGGAUGCGAUUGAGAAAAUUGUCAAUGACCUUAAGGAGAAAUACUCAGACGACCCUACCACGUACCUCUGGACGUUGUACUUCCUUGCACAGCACCAUUCCUAUCUCGGACGACAUCAACAGGCAAUGGAGUUGAUCAACCAGGCAAUUGACCAUACACCCACCCUACCCGAUCUCUACCUCUUCAAGGGUCGCGUUUUGAAACGCGCUGGUGACGAUUAUGGUGCUGCUUCAGCGGUCAAUGAGGCGCGAUUGCUCGACGGACAAGAUCGUUUCUUGAACACCAAGACCGGAAAGUACCUCCUCCGCGCCGGUAUGGUCGAAGAGGCAAGCUCGAUCUUCGGCUUGUUUACCAAGAAAGAUGCUGCAAGCCCGGGUGCCGAUCUGGAAGACAUGCAGAGUCUGUUAUAUCUCACCGAAGAAGCAUUGGCACACGAACAGAACGGCAAGCCGAACUUGGCAUUGAAGAAGUGGACUGCGAUUAAGAAGGUCUUUGACGAGAUUGAGGACGACCAAUACGACUUCCACGGGUACAAUCUUCGCAAGUUCACGAUCAACAUUUACACCAAGAUGUUGGAGUGGGAGGAUCAGCUGCGCUCUCAUCCUGCGUACAUCAAGGCUGCUGUCUCUGCUUCUCGCAUCUACGUUUCCGUGCACGACGACCCUUCCAUUGUCCAAUCCCUCUCGAAAGUCGCUCCUUUGACCGAUGCGGAGAAAAAGGCCAAGAAGAAGGCCAAAAAGGCAGCUGCGGCCACCAAGCCUGCAGACGACAAGAAAGCUCCGCAAUCAAGCAACGAGGAUAAGGGUUUGGAACCUCCGGCAGCUAAGGACGACGAUCCCGAUGGCUUGAAGCUACUGGGGGCGUCGGAUCCCUUGGAACAGGCACAUAAGCUGCUUCACCCUCUCGUCUCACUUGGUACCGAACGAGUCGAUGUGUGGCUGGCAGUUUAUGACGUCGAGAUUCGCAGAAAGAAACUGUUGCAAGCCGUUUCUGCUUUGCUGCGUGCUCAAAAAUUGCAUCCCGGCCAUCCCGAACUGCAUUUGAGGAUUGUCGAUUUGAAGGCGCGAGUAACGAUAUGGUCGAUUCUGCUAGCCUCUAAAUUCCCGCAAGCGCCUCCGCCACCGGUUGGACCCGCAUUCACCGAGGCUCUGGGGAAAUUAGAGCCAGGCAAUAUCGAUGCCGCCACCUUCAACUCACAGUUCCUCCAAAAGCACUCGUCAGACGGCGAGUGUGUGUUGGCCGCUGCGAAGGCAUUGAAGGUACUCGAUGCGCCCCUCGACGAGAUUGAAAAUGCCGUGUUUGGCUUGGUGAAGGAGCCUGUGAUUUUGGGUAUCCAGACUGCUAAGUCUGCGCUCAAACUCCUCGCUGACAUCAAAUCAUCUAAAGAGGGCGAAUUCCGUACCGCACUGGAUACCAAGUUUGAGCUUUCGACGGUUUUCAAGCCAUCGAACGAGAAGCAAGAGUUGAAGAAGAGCGUGCUGGCUAAGCCUGAGGCGGCGGAGAAGGUUGAAGCUACUCCUUAG